GUCAGAAUAUGAAACGUGAGUCUGGAAGAAAAGUCCAGACUGGGAACAUCACUGCUGCUAAGACUAUUGCUGACAUUAUCCGAACGUGUUUAGGACCACGAGCUAUGAUGAAGAUGCUUUUGGACCCCAUGGGUGGGAUUGUGAUGACCAACGAUGGCAACGCUAUUCUUAGAGAAAUUCAAGUCCAGCACCCGGCUGCGAAGUCCAUGAUCGAGAUCAGCCGCACGCAGGACGAAGAGGUGGGCGAUGGGACCACGUCGGUCAUUAUCCUGGCCGGAGAGAUGCUGUCGGUGGCUGAACACUUCCUCGAACAGCAGAUGCACCCGACUGUGAUCAUCGGGGCUUAUCGCAAGGCUCUGGAUGACAUGAUCAGUAUUCUGAAGAAAAUUGGCACUCCAGUGGACGUGAACAACAAAGAGAUGAUGCUUAAAAUAAUAAAGAGCGCGAUAAACACCAAGGCCAUCAACCGCUGGUCUGACUUGGCCUGUAGCAUCGCUCUGGACGCCGUGAAGACGGUGGAGUUUGAAGAAAACGGCCGAAAGGAAAUCGAUAUUAAAAAAUACGCCAAAGUAGAAAAGAUUCCAGGUGGUUUUAGCGAAGACUCGUGUGUUUUGCGCGGAAUCAUGGUGAAUAAAGACGUGACUCAUCCCAGGAUGCGUCGCCUGAUUAAGAACCCGCGCAUCGUCCUCCUGGACUGCUCGUUGGAGUACAAGAAAGGAGAGAGCCAGACUGAUAUUGAAAUAACGCGGGAGGAAGACUUUGCCCGCAUCCUGCAGAUGGAGGAAGAGUACAUCCAGCAGAUCUGCGAGGAUCUGAUGAGAGUCAAGCCGGAUCUGGUCAUCACUGAAAAAGGAAUUUCUGACUUGGCCCAGCACUACCUGAUGAGAGCCAACAUCACCGCCAUCCGCAGGGUGAGGAAGACGGACAACAACAGGAUCGCCAGGGCCUGCGGCGCCCGCAUCGUGAGUCGCACGGAUGAGCUGCGGGAGGAGGACGUGGGCACGGGAGCCAGGCUCUUUGAGGUGAAAAAAAUAGGAGACGAGUAUUUUGCCUUCAUCACUGACUGCAAAGACCCCAAGGCUUGCACCAUCGUUCUGCGGGGAGCCAGCAAGGAGAUCCUGGCA